AUGCCGUCGGGUUUCCGGGUGCAGCGUGCAGAGUUGGGGCACACAGAUUGUCCUGGGAGUUUGCUGUGGUUCAUCUCACCAUAUCCCUCCCCAGGGGUCCUGGUCGGUGUGGUCCUGCGCUACGGCAUCCACGUCCCCAGCGACGUCAACAACGUGACACUGAGCUGCCAAGUGCAGACCAGUCCUGCCACGCUGCUGGUGAACGUCAGUGGAAAGUACUACGAGUACACCCUGAAGGGGGAGAUCAGCGCCCAGGAGCUCAAUAAUGUCCAGGAUAAUGAGAUGCUGAGAAAGGUGACUUUUGAUCCUGAAGUAUUUUUCAACAUCUUGCUUCCUCCAAUUAUAUUUUAUGCAGGCUACAGCUUGAAAAGGAGACACUUCUUCAGAAACUUGGGAUCCAUCCUAGCAUACGCUUUUCUUGGCACUGCAAUUUCCUGCCUGGUGAUCGGCUCUGUUGUGUAUGGCUGUGUGGCGCUGAUGAAAGUCACUGGGCAGCUCGGGGGAGACUUCUACUUCACUGACUGCCUCCUGUUUGGUGCCAUCGUAUCAGCUACUGACCCAGUGACUGUUCUUGCCAUAUUCCAUGAACUCCAGGUUGAUGUUGAGCUGUAUGCCCUUCUCUUUGGCGAAAGCGUCCUCAAUGAUGCCGUUGCCAUAGUGCUGUCUUCUUCAAUUGUUGCCUACCAGCCGGCGGGUGACAACAGCCACACGUUUGAUGUCACAGCGAUGUUCAAGUCCAUUGGGAUCUUCCUGGGGAUAUUCAGUGGAUCUUUUGCGAUGGGAGCAGCUACUGGAGUAGUGACAGCUUUAGUCACCAAGUUCACCAAACUUCGGGAGUUCCCGUUGCUGGAGACCGGCUUGUUCUUCUUGAUGUCCUGGAGCACGUUCCUGCUGGCUGAAGCGUGUGGCUUUACAGGUGUGGUGGCCGUGCUCUUCUGUGGGAUCACGCAGGCUCAUUAUACCUAUAACAACUUAUCUACAGAGUCCCAACACAGAACUAAGCAGUUGUUUGAGCUUCUGAAUUUCUUGGCAGAAAACUUCAUCUUCUCCUACAUGGGACUUGCACUGUUCACCUUCCAGAACCACGUCUUUAACCCUACCUUCGUGGUGGGGGCUUUUCUUGCUAUCUUCCUAGGAAGAGCUGCCAAUAUUUACCCACUGUCAUUUUUACUGAAUUUGGGGAGAAGAAAUAAGAUUGGAACAAAUUUACAGCAUAUGAUGAUGUUUGCUGGGCUGCGAGGAGCCAUGGCCUUCGCCUUGGCCAUCCGCGACACGGCCACAUAUGCCCGGCAGAUGAUGUUCAGCACAACGCUCCUCAUCGUCUUCUUUACGGUGUGGGUUUUCGGCGGGGGCACCACGGCCAUGCUGUCCUGCCUGAAUAUCCGAGUCGGUGUGGAUGCAGAUCAGGAGAACGUGGGAGUCCCAGAGAGUGAGAGGAGGAGUACGAAGGCAGAAAGCGCCUGGCUCUUCCGCAUGUGGUACAACUUCGAUCACAACUAUCUAAAGCCUCUGCUGACACACAGCGGUCCUCCACUGACAACCACACUCCCAGGGUGCUGUGGACCGAUUGCCCGGUGCCUGACGAGUCCACAGGCAUACGAAAAUCAAGAGCAGCUGAAGGAUGAUGACUCCGACCUCAUUUUGAACGACGGGGACAUCAGCCUGACCUACGGGGAUUCCACCGUCAACACUGACUCCGUGGCAUCCAGCGGCACGUCGCGGCGGUUCGUGGGCAACAGCUCCGAAGACGCGCUCGAUCGGGAGCUUGCUUUUGGGGACCAUGAACUCGUAAUCCGGGGAACGCGCCUGGUCCUUCCCAUGGACGAUUCGGAGCCACCAUCAAAUGUUCUGGAUAACGCAAGACAUGGUCCAGCAUAAGGUUGCUCAGUUUAAUUGACAGUAAAUAUUUGCAUAUAUGAUCAAGAAAUAUGUACUACCUAAAGUCUAAUGCAUGUCUCAAAAUGUCUAAGCUGUAUAAAUAUUAUUUAUAUGGUGUCAGAAGAAUAUAAAUAUUCUCUGCCAAGCACUUGUAAAGAACAAGCUGCAAAUUUAAGUUAAAAACUGUGUUGACUGCACUGUGUAGGGUGGAACUGUUUUAGCAUAAGAGUCUUUUGCACACAGUGAGCUUCUUUAAUGUGUGAUUUGACGAAGGGUUUAGUCCCCAGCGGGGUAAGUAAAGGAGCUGACUCCCUGUUCAUCCUUUGAGCCUGGGAGAGGAGGGUAGGAAGGUGCUGGCAAGCAGUGGAAAUCGCUUUCUAUUCAGAUGAGGAUUAGGUUGGUUUUUUUUUGGUCUCUGAUCUUUGGAUAGUCACGUUUGAAAUAUCAGUGAAAAAUCUGCCCACAGACCCUCUCGCCAGGCAGUGGCGGGUGAUAAACUUGUUCGCUUUGUGGGAACCUGAGCUGGGACCUGGAGUCUUUCUGCUUUUUAGUGACCCUCUGCCCAAGCCCAAGGCAGGCACCGGCCUAAGGUGAUAGCAAGGACUGCGGGUGUCUGGCUGCUCAGUUGGGAGCAGGAGGGAGGGAUGGUCUGUGUCUGUAGUUGUGUUUAGGAGAAGGAGGUGAUCCCACAGAAACUACACCAGGCAUGCACAGAUUUUAGGGCUGAGUCCAUCUUUCAGUUGUGGCUCAAGCAGCUUUCUAGAACCAGCCAUCAAAUCCUCAAUUGGCAACUAAAUUUCACGUUUGGGAAGUGACCGUGUCUUCAUGCGAGCGAAUCUCUUCUCUGGCAGUCACAGAUGUAGCUAAGAUGUGCAGAGCUACCGCAGCUGCACGCGGGGCCGUGGAGCCCGGCCGACCUCGAACACAAGCUUUACAGCUACAGAUUGACACGGUACCUCCGGACGUCUCCAGAGGUACUGAGCAUCUAGGUGGUACUGAAGGGGAGUUUUCCGUCCGUCCUCCUGUACAGUCAAAAAUCAUUGCACUUUGUUUAAUAACUCAGCAUGCUGUGUGUCUGUAAUCCCCACCCCAUCUCUCUCAUGUCUCUUACCAUUUAAUGAAAAAUAUUUGCGAGUUGAUUUUUUUUUUUUUUAAAUCUUUAUUUUUAUUUUUCAAGGAAGAGCACAGAACAAUUUGCGAUUUCACACUAGUGUUAAAGGAUUUACUCUGUAGUUAUGGGAAUAGCUAAAGGUGCAGUGAAAUUGUUAACCCUGACAUCCUUCUUUUUCUCCUGAAAAGGGGAAAUCACAGAAAUUUACUGUAUGUAAUUUUAUUGUCUAUUUUAGAUGCAGUUUUGCUAUACAAACCUUUCAGGGUUACCGGUGCACUACAGGCUCAUUCUGGAGUUAACCCUCUCCAGGGGGCUUAAACAGAGGUGUAUAAAAAGAGACUAUAUGAAAAAGAGCAAGGUGAGUCUGAGCACUCACAGCUCCCAUUUCCUUGGAACAAACUGCAACUCUCAGGAUCAGACCCUGAGACCUCAGAGCAGUUUUCCCACAGCUGUUUUCCCCAGCACCACCUGAGAGUUGGGAGGAGACAGGAAAUACUGAGAUUUUGAGUGUAUAUGUAUAGUUGGGAAAAUAAAUUAAUUUUUUUUUUCAUUUUCUCAGGUCUAAGUAACAUUGCCUUAAAUUUACGGUUGUGAAACUAAUUAUUUUGGCAGUUUAUCCCUAAGAAAAUGCUUUCUUUUUCCUUCUGAACAAAAUGUGUAAGUGUUGCCAUAGGGCUCCUCUAGAAGGGGGGUAACUCUGUUUAUAUUUAGAUAGGGCAUCUUCCUUGCACCGGUAAAUGGCAGUCUCGCUGUUAACAUAGCUGUUGGAUUAGUGCUAGCCUCUUUGUUUCCUGCUAUGCAGGAAUUCCAUAAAGUGUGCAUUUUAUAUGAUGUCUGUAACUUAACUUCAUGUGUUUAAAAAAAAAAAAAAA